CGCGGAUCAGCUCGUCGCAGAUCUCUUGCCAUGGCUCUCAUGCUUUCCAGCACGGGCGCUUGCCGAAGUUCCGUGGGCUUGCCUCCUGCCAGGUUCUUUGGACAUUGCUGAGUUGAUUCCAGACGCGGUACUUCUCCCGUUCGGCUUUCCUCUGCUGUCGAACACUUUUCCCGUUCUCGACGACACUAGCGAAACAAGUACAAUGAGAGGGGCAGUAGAGAACCAGUCGCCGUUGCAGCUGAGCCGCCUCAUACGACUUGCGGGUCGCGUUGCGACAUUGAG